UUUCCUAAACAGGUGCUCCGCGCUUGUCAGCACUUAUACACCUGACCUGAGCAGCGCCGCGCGGUCGUAGAAACUUUCUUCGUUUUUGAUCUGAGGUUUGAACUCCCAUUAUUAGCGCGACGCUCCUCACGUUCGUUUAACCAGAAAAGCGGUGGUGCGUUUUUCGGCAUACAGUGAUAUUUGGGAGUGCCGCUCUUUUCUAUCUUUACCUCCGGGAGUGUGUUUCUCCGACUCUCGUCACCUGCUGCGAUGGAUCUUUUCGUUUCUUGUUCCGAUGAGGUCCUUUGGCCGGCCUUGAUCCUGCUGUUAUUCUCGUCCACGGCUUUGUGUGAGUGCCCAAUUCCAGUUCUCCCUCCCCAUUCUUCACUAAAAGAAGGAGAGCUAGCAGAUGCCUAUGCUGUUGGAACUGUUCUGCAGUUACAGUGCAUCCCAGGUUAUGUGAAUAUAUCUGGAACAAUUCCUACUAUGAUAUGCCUUGACACUAAUAAGUGGUCAGAUCUUCUUACACUUUGCCAAGGUGUGUGUCCAACUCCGAUCCUCCCUCCCCAUUCUUCACUAAAGGAAGGACAAGAGCUAGCAGAUGCCUAUCGUAUUGGAACUGUUCUGCAGUUACAUUGUAUCCCUGGUUAUACGCCUAUACCUGGAACAAUUCGUUCUAUGACAUGUCUUGACAUUAAUAGAUGGUCAGAUCUUCCUAAAGCUUGUCAAAGUAUUCCUUGUGCUAUCCCACCUGUAAUUGCCAAUGGAAUAUAUAACCCAAGUCCUUCAGAUGAAUACUACGUUGGCUUGACAGUAACAUAUUUAUGUGAUCGUGAUUACUCCCUGAUUGGAGAUUCAACUAUUCAAUGUGAAGUUGCAGAAAAUGGGGUAGAUGGAAUAUGGAAUAUGCUUGCACCUGAAUGUAAAAUAGGUAUCUUCUGCAGUAAUGGAUUCCUCUUAUGUUCACCUACCACUCGGAACCAGGAGCACCAGCGCAUCUGUGAUGACAUCUGGGUGGGUGAGUGGAGCCCCCCGCCACCACCACUACCAGUUCGCCCAAACUGGGGCGAACCGGCAGAAUACUACCUGUUCUUAUGGUUACAUGUAAUGGCUUUAUUCUGCAAGCAUCAUCUGCUUUUCUGAGAAGUUCAUCACUCAUUCUUUCUAUCAUCUCUGUUGUAAUUAAAUAUUUUGGGUUAAAGCCCCCUUUAGCCUCCUUUAGAAGGUCUCCAGUUUUGAAACAGAACAUGUAACUACUGCUACCCAUAUCUCUUUCUCAUUAUUCUGAAAGUGAGUUUCUGGUCCAAAGUCACUCAGUGAGCUUCUGUGACUUAUAGUGAACCCCUUGAACUUAUUCUAAAACACUAAAUUAUACUGUCUAUCAGUAUUACAAUUUUAUAAUCAAAAUUAUAUAUUUGGCUCAGUUAUUUAAGGCUGCAGGUAAUUAACUUUGUGUACAUUUAAUCUUCUGUGCAACAUUUGCAAACAAGGUGCAGCCAUAAUUAGAUGAUCUUUUUGGCAAAACUAAGCAAAUAAUGGUUUCCAAGUUUAAUAUUUCUAAUAUUGGCAGCAAAUCAUCAUUAAUUCAAAUGAUUAUGUCAUUACAUACAUGUCCCAAUUAUGUACUUGUUUCCCAUUAUGUGAUAGAAUAUUUGUGUAACAAUAACUUAAUUCAUAUUUUCUCAUUUGCCCCCCUACUGACCACCAGGACAUCUGCUUAUUUGGUGCAAAGACUUUCAAAGUAAAUCUUGCCUUCU